GUUUUAUGAAUUUACAUGUAAAUGAUCUGCAAACAUUAAUGAGCUCUAAACAUUAUCGGAAAAUUAUAUAAAUUCUUGUUUUUGUACAAAGGUUCUGCGAUGGCCGAUGUUUUAGAUAUUGACAACGCCGAAGAAUUUGAAGUUGAUGAUGAAGGCGAUCAGGGAAUCGCUCGUUUGAAGGAAAAGGCUCGUAAACGUAAAGGACGGGGUUUCGGCUCUGACGGUACAGCAAGAGAAACUAUUCGACAUUAUGAAAGUGUUGAUGUUGAUGGAGACGAAGAACCAGGCCCUCAAAGAUCUGUUGAGGGAUGGAUUUUGUUUGUUAGUUCCGUACAUGAGGAAGCCCAAGAGGAUGACAUACAAGAUAAGUUUUCAGAGUUUGGGGACAUAAAAAAUAUACACUUAAAUCUAGAUAGAAGAACGGGAUAUUUAAAAGGUUAUGCUCUAGUGGAAUAUGAAACGUUCAAGCAGGCUGCAGCUGCGAGAGACGCUUUGAAUGGUGCUGAUAUCUUAGGGCAGACCAUCAGUGUGGAUUGGUGUUUUGUUAAAGGACCAAAAGCAACUACACGAGAUAGAUCAAGGCGCAGGCAUAGAUGAAGCAAUUUUUUAAGAUAUAUUUUUAUUUAUUCUUUUAUCAAUUGUUUGCAUUAAGCUUAUAAUUUAUAUUGAUCUUUUAUGAAUGAAUUAAAAUUUAGUUUCAUUAUGACA